GCAGUUAUCAGGAAGCUUCACACGGACCAAAACGUCACAGACGUUACAUGGGACAUUGAGUAAUUUCAGAUCAGAAGGAACAUUUUUGUGAAGUGGUUCAACAAGUUUUUUUCAAAUCUAGCGUUGACUGGGUCGCUGCUGUCUUGCACAUUAUUUUUCAAUAGUAAGCAUUAUCCUCAGAGAGCGUUUAUAUGUUUCGUUAGAUGGAGCGGCUAGUAUGACUUCACUCCAACUCCCACAAUGCAUCUGUAUUGCCCAGUUCGACUCAAGCGGGGAGUCAGUCAGCAGCAGGUAAACAAACCUAUCUGAUACUGGGACGGCGAGCCAAACAAAGCGUAUGUGCUGUUAGACCGUCUUGCAAUUUUAAUAGCGAGGAGGAUGACCGUCUUAAAAGAGGCACGUCUGCUGACAACACAUCGUUAAAAACAGUCGCUGUAAUUGUAAUUCAACUGAGAGGCGAGUCGACGGCAAAUAGAAGGACGACUUUAACCUGCAUUGGCUGUCGACAUCUGCGCAUGAUGCAUUGCAGCACUUUCGAGAAAAUGGGUGUUUUUAGCAUCAUCCUCAGAAUAGAGUGUAUGAUCCGAGAUGUCGGUUGGGUUCUUUAGCUACCGUUUCAUUUGAUAGUGCUGGACUCAAAACAACAUUCCCACUGGCGACCUGCAACAUGGGGCCCAUCAUGCAGGAGCGCACAGCAUCCACGACACUGAAACGCGUCGUCUCCAAAGAGAAGAUUCGAGUAAAACAUACUGAAAACAGCGCACCAGUAACCAGUUCAAAGAAAGGUAACAAGAUGAAGAAAGCAGUGGGCCAGAUGAAAAACGGCCUCCCAGGGCCAGGUCAGGAUAAGGACACAGUGACCACAUUGCAGAAGGUCACACAGUCAAAAUGUGGCAGGGUCAAAUCUGGCACUACACGCAAUACAACCAAACUCUCCAGCCCUGAAGCAGAAGGAGAUGUGAAACCUGUCCUCCGCAAACAUUUAUCUGUGCACAGAAAAGAGGAGCAACGCGAAAAUCAAAGGAUGUCACAGUGCAGCAAUGAGCUACACCACAAUCGUGGGGGGAUGGGGAAAAAUCGUCGAGCCCUCUCUCUGCCUCUCUCCCCAAUAUCAGGGUUACGACACAUGCCAGCACACCCCCUAACUCACUCCCCAGCCCCCACCCCUGAGGCGCUACAGCGACACUACAACCAGAAAGAUGUAGACACUGACAGUGCGAGUGAUCUGUCAGACUCUGAGAGGCUGCCAGUGCUGCCCUCUCCCUGUACCCCCUGCACCCCUCCUCACCUUAACCUCCGGGCUGAGGUCAUCAACACAAAUGACUUUCCCCCGGACUUCCCAGGACCUCAUGGCACUAUGGGUGAUGAAGAUGAGAGUGAUAAACCCAGCUACAGUUACCCAGACUUUCUGCCACCUCCCUUUAACAGCUGGAGCCUGAGACAGCUGGCAGUAUUUCUUCAUACGGAUGGCCGUGGUGCCCCUCGGCCUAAGCCUGUAGGGACCUUAGAGAAGUACUUGGAGAGGCUGCUGCAGCUGGAGUGGCUCCAGAUCCAAACAGGACAAGCAGAAAGCAGCCGUGUGCCUGGGAGCCGCCCAAGGCCACAGGGCUUCCCCUCAGCCACCACUGCUCAUCCACCUAGGCCUCACACGGCUCCACCAUCCCGACUCAACUCCCCUAAAGGGCUGCGGCAGCGAUCCUUCCCAUUUACACCUGUCAACAACCCCCCCUCACCUGCCUCAGCCCAGCAACAGCACUCCCGCUUUCCGGUUUGCCCUCACUGUCAUAUCCGCUACCCAUUGUGCAAUGGAAGCUGCUCAGCCUAUGCUUACCAACGCCACUCAAGGCUUAGUCCACUGCUUGAGCGUAAAGCCAGACCUGGAGCACCUGCGAAAAGGAGCAGCAGUGAGACCAGAGCAACCUCAACGGAAGGUAGGAGCCCUGGAGGACAAGGUGGAGGAAAUGGUAGUGGAGGAAAUGGUGGUGGGGGAAAUGGUAGUGGAGGAAAUGGUGGUGGAGGAAAUGGGGGAGGAGGAGCACAGACCCCAGUUAGCCCCUCAGGUGGAAGGAGUCAUCUCCGACACAUGCAGGCCGCAGGCAACGCCCGUAAGCAAUCCCAGGAACCUGGAACUAACCCGAACAGCAGAGGCCAGGUGAGGAAAAGCCGCGUCAGAGCUAACUCCGAGACAGAUGUGAAAAAGGAGCCGGGUGGCAGCAAAGCAGGUGGUGCAGAGAAACAGGUUUGUGCGGCAAGUAAGAGAGAGGUCACAUCCUCCAAGAAAAUAGAGAAGGACUGGCAGAGGACAGAGGCUGUAAGUCAGGCCUCUAAAACUGCCAUGAGAAGAGCUGCUAAAGAGCCGCAGCCUCUCUCCAAACCCUCAAUCAGUAGUAAGCAGAAUGGCAAAACAAAAAAUGUGCACUUUGUUGCGAAGUAACCCCUAUACACCUACAGUAUAGUGCUUUAUUUACUAGUGCUUACUUGGUACAGGAGCUUGAACCUAUGCUUGCUUUCUGUGUAAUCUGUGUUAUACUAACAUGUUGUAACUGUUGAACAGCAGUCUAAACCAGUCAGUGGUGUAUAUCCUUAUAAAGGUCAAAACUAACAAAAGGUUCAGCUGCUAUAAAAGAGAUAAAAACAAUUUAUUUCAAAGAGAAAUAGUUAAAGCGAACAGAACUAUACACGCUGUAUUUCAUUCAAAAUGUACAGUAGGUAUACAAUCAUAAUGUUUUACUGUGUGUAGACAGAUGGCUCAUUAUGACUCAAAGCACCACUAUGAUUCCUAAAUAACAUAUUUUAUGUAAAUGUUCCUCUGCUGCACUGCACAUCACCAUCUCUAAGUAUACUACUGAUGUUCAAUAGGCAUAAAAUAAGCAACUACUCUACCAUAGGAUAACUGUCAGCCUAAAUAUUCCAUAGUGAAGUUUAACACAUCAUUACAUUUUAGUCAUCAAAUGCAACCAUAGCGGUAACUAGUGGAGUCUGUGAUGUAGGGAUGUAUUUGUUUUUAAUGCUUUUACUUUAAUUGAUGUUGCAUUUUUUUUCUUUAAUUUGGUGCCUCAUGUUUUAAGACGCAGCGGUUGAAGCAUCUUUGGCUGAAAAGAAAGAGGCACAUUGAGUGGUGGUGUACUGCUGUGUUGUUAUUUGUUUCAGACAUAUUUGUGCAAUGGUUUGAAUUUUUCGUUACAAGGGCUUCUCAUGUUCAACAGCUUGAAUUGUAGUCCAUGAUGAUAUAGUGUAUUUUGCAUAGAGCUGAGCUCUCUGACAUUGAAGAAAGUGUAAUGUUUGCUACGAAUGUAAAUGCAUAUUUUUCCAAAUUUUAUAUACCAUAGUUAUAUUUAUGAAAAGUGUUGUGGCUGACUUGUAUUUAUCAUUAGCAUUGUUAUGUUUACAUUGUCAUGCACAAAACAAUUUUAAAAAAAGAACUGAAUGUAACUUAAUGUCUACUGUGCUGUACCAUUGCUCAUCCCUGAGAGUCAAUGUGAUCCACCGUCCUCGCUGUUAUGCCGUAACAUGGUAAUGUUAUACAUAUCACACUGCAAACUUGAAAUCUGUAUGUCACUGUGUUUACAUUAGAUUGUCUUAUCGGUUUGUUGUGAUUAACCACGUGCACUUGAUCCAUGGGAACACCACAUCAAUGUAAAUAACACCAUACGUAUUCAGAUUGCACCUCUUUACUUAAUAUUCAUGUAAGUAUCAAAGCCAUAGAUAAGAGGCUACAAGGCGCGAUGUAAUUAUAAAUGUGUACAUUAUGCUGACACGCACGCAGAAAGAUUGUGGUAUGUAUUUUCUCAAUGUUGAAUGCAAUUAUUUGUAAGGCAUAGAAAUAAAUGUUUUGCACUCGAA